UGGGAAGAGGAGGAGGGUGCAUGGUGAUACAGCAGGACAAUACCAGGCACAGAAUAACAUACCAAGGGGACACAGUGCGCUAUCCUAUUCAUUGUUGAGAGACACUAUGUCCGGCCCAUAACCCCAGCUCCAUCUCCAAGCUGGACUCAGGCCUCCAGCCUCCAUCUGUGCCAUAGAACCCUGCGGGGUGGGUGGCCCGGCCGGACAGCCUCACAAGUGUUUGCAGGAAGCUGAGAUCCGCGGGGCACCCAGAGCUGCCGUCCCCGCCUCCGCAGGAACACUGCCGGCCGCAGCGGGCGCCCAGGGCACAGGGAUCCAAGCCGGCCGGCUCCUCGCCCUGCUCGACCCCAUGGACUCCGUGUUCGGCGAUGAUAUCAGCAUCAUCGCCCAGGAGACACUGGCCCAGGGGGAGGAGGAGGAAGAGGAGGAGGACUGGGUGGACAGCCCAAACACUGACCAGUCUGGGGACAUGUGCUCCGCAUCGCACUUCGCCCUCAUUACUGCAUACGGCGAUAUCAAAGAACGUCUGAGUGUUCUGGAGCGAGAGAACGCGACGCUGCGGCGGAGACUUAAAGUGUAUGAGAUCAAGUAUCCUAUUAUCUCAGAGUUUGUGGAUGAUCAGAACUUUUCUCCAUAUGACUCCAAAGAAAAUUCACUGCUAAGGACGGAGGACUCACAACAUGAGCUUCAGGAGAACCAGGAGAAGGAGGAACAGUUGGGAGAGAUGGUAAGAGCGUGUGAAAAAAUGUGUGCUGAAAGAAGUGAGCUGCACGAGGAGCUAAGCGAAAUGAAGGGUCUCGUUCUGACCCAUGUGGCACAUAUUCAGUCGCUGGAGCAGCAAUUGCAGAUGUGCAAUGAGCCACAUCCAUUUCCGGGCUCUGCUUUGUCGGAUCCUGACAUGCAGUACUUGUCACUACAUCGUGGACCAGACAUGUCACAUGUUCUAGAACACCAAAUGAGCUGGCAAGCCCCCCGUAGUCUGGACCUGCAGCAAGACAUUGGAGCCCAGCGGCGAGAUGCAGAGCUUGAGGAGGCCAGGAGGGAUCUACAGAACGCUCAGCGUAGAGAGAAACAACUAAAGGAAGAUAUCCUGCAUCUUGAAGAAGAGCUGAAACAGCUACAGGAGGCACGGGAGCAGGAGCUGGUGACAGGACAGACGCAGCGUGAGAUGGCUUGGCUAAAGGAGGUUGGAGAUGACCAGGUGAACCUGGCAUUGGCCUAUACUGAGCUGACAGAGGAACUGUACCGUCUAAGAGACUUGACAGCCCUACAAAGCCGGAUUCUACGGGAAUUGUUGGAGGAUCAGGCAGGUCAAAGACAAUCUCCUCCUCUCCGUCAUUCCCCUUGCCCACUUCGCCACUCUCCCUCUUCUCUCCGUCACUCUCCAUCUUCACAGCGACGUUCCCCUGUUCCUCAGUGCCCAUCCCCAGUCCUCCAGAGGAGGUCCCCUGUGCCCCAGUCACCAGCCCACCAGCGUCUUUCUCCAGUGCCCCCUUCUUCUCCUUCUCGACGAUCCCCGGUUCCCACUUCCUGCCCUUCUCCAGGUAUUGCUGAGGCCUCAUACCCUAAGCCACCCACCCACCAGGCAAAAGCAUCCUUCCAAGCACGCAGAAGUUAUUCUGAGAUUAGCGAGACCACCCUUUACCCACGUGCACCACGCUCCCUCUGGAUGCCAAUAGGCACUGCCACCCUUCCCAAGCAGCGCUCCUACAAUGAGGGAUAUGCUGGCAGCCCUCCUACUGUACCUUGCUUUCAAGACCCCCCGCAGCAAUCCUCUGACGAGGAUGAGUGGAGUCCCCCAUCACCCCCAAGUCCGGAGCCUGGAGCUGUGCGCUGUGCAUCGUUUUGUGCUGGGUUUCCCAUCCCUGAUACGACCAACAGGAGAAUGUCAGCAUCGUAUUCCCGUGCAGAACAUGCACAGUCCUGGCCCUCCAUCAAUCUGCUGAUGGAAACCAUGGACUCGGAGGUUAGGAGUUGUCCUCUCUGCCAGCUUGCCUUCCCCGUCGGCUACCCAGACGACGUUCUCAUCAAACACAUUGAUUCCCACUUGGAAAACAGCAAAAUCUAAAAUGUAGUCAACAGGUAACUCUCUAGGCAUUGUGGAACUAUGUCUUCCAUGAUACUUUGUCAUCCUUUGGCAAAGCAUCACUGGAGAUGUACACGGAGAGAAACAUAUUUUCCAAUCCUUGGUGUAGAUCCUUUCUCUUGAUUUGAGAUGCCCCACCUAAAUAUGCAGACUCUUCUUCCUGGGAUGUGAGCAGCUACAAUUACACUAGCACAGACACUGACCACAAUAAUGCUACACAGUAUAGCCUGAUUAUGUAUACAAUGAUGUUGAGUACAACACUCUAUAGUGAUCCUGUGUAUGUGCACUAAUCUUGAACACACAUUGCUGUAAUAUACCAAGUACCAACAUACGGAUAACUACCAUGCCACGCUUUACUGUGAUCGAGUACCUCUGUACACUGUACACAUGUUGCUAUAUAAUGAUUCUGAGUAUCUCUAUAUUAUGAUAGUGAAACUAUUGUAGGGUAUAUUGAUACUGAAAAUCUACAUAUACUGUUAAAAAAACUGCAUUAAUGACUCAGAGUGCCUCUUAACAAUAAUGCACACAGUGCACUGUACAGUGAUUUUGAGUAUCUCUAUACACGAACAAUGAAAGUGCUGUGCUGUUUAAGUAUGUGGAGAAUCUCUGUACACUGAUCAUGAAUGCCCUGCACUGUAUGAGUGUCUUGUAGCUCGAUGCAUCCUCCAUGCUCUCAAAUGUAUUCUCUUUUUUUCAUUCACACUAUCCUAAAUCUUGGGAAGGAAAAGGGUCUAUCCUGUGCCUGCCUCACUGUUCCUUAGCUUCUAAUUUUUAAGGGGUGGGAUAACAGACAUCUCAGAGUGGCAAUCUAUGGCAAUCAUGUGACCUCGGGGAGCCUGACCUUCCAAUUCCAUAAAUUGGACUCAGUUGAUUCCACCACUUCCUACUUUUGUGGCGGCCAUUUUGAAAGCAGAAUGAGGAUGCACCUGGACAAAAAUUGGUGGACAGUAGAGACAAAUGCGAUGAAAAGACUUUAUAACAAAAUAGUGAAUGUGCAAUUAAAAGGACUAACUGCACCCUGCACCUGUUACCCCCUCGAUGCCAGACCAACCUGCAGUGCAUUGCUGAGAAAGUAUUCCAUAGCAUGCAGUAAAUGUCUUCACUGGGUUCUGGUAUGCAGGGGGUUAAACAAAAAGCUUCCUGAUGGGAGUCACCUCUCUAAUGUGUUAUACCUCAGCCCCUAACUCAUGUCUAUUAUAUUCCUAUAUACAUACAUAUAUGUUUAAAUAUAUAUGUGUGUAUAUACACUGAAACUGCAUAAUAAUGUCUGUAUUCUUGGCUCUGCUGGUCUAAUGUCUUCCCACAAUGUAUGUUCCAGAGCCGCUGUGAGCCCGAGCGGCCUGCAGAGUAAUGCUCUGAGCAAUGUGUUCUUUGCAUGAAACAGACCUGAUAUUCUGCAUGACACAGAUGUUCUGCUCUGCUCUGCAGUGCACUACUUGCUGUUCUCCCUUGCAGUUAUUUGUGUUACGUAUUGCCUUGUGAUAUACCACAUAAUACUCCAUUUGUGUGACACAGAAAUGCUGAUCUGUAGGACAUGUUGCUGUUUACUGCUGUCACAUGCUACCGAGCACACUAUAAAGUUCAGCUGCGCCAAGUAACAUGCUGCUCUGCAGGUCAUGGUAUUGUGCAAAGCAUAACAUGCAGCAUAUUAGAAAACUGUUCUCUGAGUCCAUGUGACAUAUCUGCAGAGCUUUGUAUGAUAUGCAGCUGAGCAUAAAGUACUGAUCUGCAAUACAAUGUGACAUGUUAUUCUGUGGUUCAGUAUAACAUGGUGCUCGGCAUUACUUUGUGAUGAGCUUCUCAGAACGCUAUGUUGCUGUGCAGUAUGAUACAAAACUAUAAAGUGUUCCUAAGUGCUAUGAAACAAAAAUAUAACAUUCUAUGUUAAAGUGUUGUGUGACCUGCACGGUAUACACCGCCUUGUAAAUCAAUGUGACGCACUGCUCUGCACAAUACACUGCUCUGUAUUCCUAUGUGACAUGGUGCUCUGCAUAAUACACAACACUGCUGUGCUGUGUAGUAUCCUGAUGUGUGAAGUAUGCUACUUUGUAGUCCUGUGAGAUCGGCUGUUCUGCUGUCUUACAGGACAUGCUGCUCUGCAGACCCAUAAAACAUGCUGCUCUGCAGGCCGCUCAUUUCCUCUCACAGGUCUUUGCAUAUUUCUGUCCAGUGUAAAUUAAUA